UUUUUUUUUUUGUCUGAUUUAUUAUUGUUAUUAUUAUUAUUUAUCACUCUAUGUCCUGGUCAAAAGUAUGAUGGAUGGUAUUCAUUCAACAAGGCGGUCUCCUCCAACUUACCAACUGAAGCGACCUAUUCAGCAGAUACCCUUGGAUAUCUUGCUUACUACUACAAACGACAUUCUUCUGAAAGGAGUUAUUACUACUUUGCAGGAUCAUUCAAUCUGGUACCAUGAUCAUCUGGAAGAACAACAAUUAUUAUACUCAACAUAUGUGACAACAAUGGCAAAAAGUCAAACUCUUAUAUCAACAAUGGAAACAGUGACAAAACCUUGCAACAAACAAACCUCUUGCAAAUCUCCAGCCAUCUUCAAGGUACAAUCUACUCGAAUGGACAUCAACACAACUUUAGAACUAGAAGCAGAGGAUAUUCGUAGAAAGGCGUCUAGUUACUUUUUCACCAUGGUGGAUUCCCGUGUAUGUACUCAAAUUGCUCUUGCUAUAUCGAAAAUCAAUACCAUAGUACAACAUCUUGAACUUCACCAUAAUGAUUCUCUUAUCGACUUGGCUUGGUCUUGUUUGGAGUACCUCUGGCAACAACUCAAAUCUAUCACUAUGUAUCCUCCUGUCCAACUUUUUCUACAACAAGUAGCUGAAAAACUAUCUCCGGUUAUAUCUGGCAACACUGCAACCAUGGAUCGGCUACUGAAACUUUUUGAAUCUGAUUCUUCGUCCAUCAAUUACCUCUAUAUUACCUUUGAUCCCAAUAAAGAAGAUGAAUCAGGUAUCUUUUUACAACGAUUACAGCAAAUAUCUCGUAUUAUCAUAUCAACGAUAAUCUCUUUGGAAACGCCUCCAUUAUCAGCACUGGAAUAUUUGAUUCGAUCAUUUGAUUUGAACACCUGGACAUCAAAAGAAGCUACAGGAACAGAUGAAUCCGUUCGGCAAACUUUUUACAUUCAUAUUUGUGACACUAUCCGGCAAUUAUCUCUUUUGCGACUGAACAACGAAGGUACUGGUGACAUCACUGGCCAUUUGGAAAAAAUAUAUAGCGCUCAUAUGAUGACGAUGAUGUCUAUCAUGAUUCAAAAACAACGAGGACAUAAUCAAGGCGAACACUUGUAUAUCUUACAUCUGUUAUUGGACACCAUUGCGACUACAUUCAACAACGACAAUAACAACAACAAAGAUGAUGAUGGUGAUAUUGGCGACGGAUCAUAUUUGAGCGAUAUAUUUACGGGUCUACUGGACUUAUUUACUCAGACGAUUCUCUACCAACAAACAACAGCACUUACCAUCUUUACGCAAAGCCGUUGGCGAGAAGAAUCACAACCAAACAUGCGUUCAACACUGACACUAUUGGAUGAUCCUAGUCACACAUUGGAUAUAUUACUUACGAUAUUGUCACAGCACUGUAUUACUUAUCAUGACAACUUGAUGCAAGUUUAUGGUCCUUCGACGUCGAAAAUGGUGAAUCGUUUAGUGUUUGUUUUAUUACUUGAUCCACGUAUUGACUGGAAUUUUGAUCUCUUGAUCCGAAGCUUUGAAUUACAUUGGAAACUACCAGUAGAAACAACUGCCAGCAACAGUAAGGAUGGUGGAUAUCAAUUGUACCAAGAAGAAGAAAAUCAAUCUGAACACAUGGUAUCUACAGAACAAACGAUUAUGGAUACAUUUGGAUUAGUGAUGGAACUUUGGAUAUAUGAAAACAAAAAUGAUACAAAAGCGAUUGGGACAAUAUUUGAAAAAUUACUGGAUUAUUGUCACAAUACUAUCGAUCAAAUGAAUCUUGGCUCACUGGAUAGGUUGUACAAGGCCUUGGCGACCCUGUCUUGGUGGUGUUUUUCACCUUCGCACUCCGAUAUCAACAGCAUGAUCAACACGGCUCAAAAUUUAUGCAAAUAUGAAGAUCGGCAUAGAUAUAGAAUCUAUUCAACAUUUCUAUAUACCAUGUUACAACAAAUUAUGAUCAACAACGAUAGCAACGAAUAUCUCCAACAACAUCCACCUGCAAUAUUAGAUCAUGAUCAAUUUAUGGCUUAUGUGAAACUGGUUUUUGUGCUUUUGAUGAAUGCAGACUUGACUUGGACAAGCAAAAGUGAUCGUCAUGACAAACUUCAACAAUUAUGGAUGUCUAUUAUCAAAACCGAUCUCUCUGGAAAGCUUAAUGCACAGGAUAUAGAUGCUAUUAUGACAACCACUGGAAUUGAUUUACCAUCCAACUGGCAAGGUUCUCUUGAAAAUCGAUAUUCUUACAACAACGAUGGGAACGACAAUAUGGAUCAAGAUAAUGGUUUAAAUACAUGCAUCCAAUGGUUACGCUAUUUGACGAUUCAAGUGAAAGACGAUUGCGAUAUGGACUUAAUUAUGUGUUUUGGUCGAUUUAUUCUUUCCCAUUUGGCAGUUGUUGAAAAUAUAUUAAUUUGGUUGGAUUGGUUCAAGGUACUCUUUGAUUAUGCAGAUGAAUUGAUGACGAAACGUGACACGACAAACAACUUUGAACUUUGCGCUGAAUGGUUUCAACUAUUGACGACUACUUUAUUGACCCAACAACAGCAGCAUCAGUUGAUACAUGAAGAUAGGGCAAACAACAAACAAUCAUCAUCAUCGAAUAUGGAUGUUAUUGCAGUUAUACAAGAUGUUAUCUCAACUAGCGAUUAUAACACAGCACUGGCUAUGUUUACAGCAUGUACACCCUCUCCAAGACAAUCAUUUUUCCCAUUAAAGCAACACUCGAAAAUACAAUCCGAAAAAUCUGAAGAAGAACUGGUCAAAAACAAACUUAUGGUGAUGGAAUAUUCUCUGGAACACUGCUUCAAAGUACAUCAUGAUGAAGACGUUUGGCUUCGUGCAGUUACUCUAGUGUGCAAUGUUAUUAUCUACAACAACAAUAAUCACGACAACGAUAAUAUAGGAACAGCUAUGAUUGAUGAUAUAGAACAUUGCUUAAGUGGAUACAUUCAAUACAGUAUGGAUCUUUCUUGUCUAUUGUUGGUGAAUAUUUUUUGUCGGGUGAAACUUCAACUAGCGUAUACUACUAUGGACAGGGACAACAAAGACGAACGUAUCAUCGACAAGGAUCAUCAUGCGGCAGAGGAAAUAGCAGCUAUCUUAUCUUUGAUGUAUUUGGACGGCACAAAUUGGCAGGAUUUGAAUAAUGCAAGAAAAAUGGCUGAUCUAGUACAACGUUUUGCAAGAUUAUUGUCAAACAACAAGGGAAAAGAAACAUCACUCAAUCGAUGGAUAGCAAGUUUGGUAUCUCUUACUAGAUCUUCUGGUCACUGGUGCUAUAUGACGACAAACGAUGAUGAUGAUACAACUGGAUUAGUUCGAGAUGAUCAUCAUCAACAUGACGAUGGUAGUGCUUGGAAAGCUUGGGCUUUGGCAUUAGAAUGUUUUUUGUCUUCACGACUGGCACUAGCUGGGAUUCCCCCUUAUUCUGGAAUGGUAUCAAAGACUGGAACAAAAAAAGAAAUAUCGAUAUGUCAUUGGAUCAAGAUAUUGGAUCAAAAAUUGAAACAUCAAGGCUUACCUUAUCGGAAUCUAUAUGCGUUUUCCAGGGAUGUUGUAGAGAAUAUAGAACAAUGGUCACUCUGGGAGCUAGAUUCUUUUAUUCAACAAACAACAAGACUUUCGUUAUAUUCCACAUUAGUUUAGAUACGAACAUUUUAUUUUUGUAUUAUACCUAUUGUAUACUUUAUUCUACUUCUCUUUUACGUUAUACCUUUUUUUUUUUAAUAAAGAUUUACAGUUUAAUAUUCGCAGC